GAUUUAUUAUGAAGUUAUACUUUCGUUCUUUCUGAUUUCUGAUACUUGAGUACAUCUUGUCUCAAAUCUUGAUUUCAUGAGCAGCAAUGAGGUCUUUGAGAAUGCAUGCAUGGAAUUUGAUGAAGUGAACCUGAAGCCAACGUACAAGAUUCUCUGGGGAGUACCUGGGCGCUCAAAUGCAAUUAAUAUAGCUGAGAGAUUGGGACUUCCGUCUAUUGUUGUAGAUGCUGCACGUAAAUUGUAUGGUACUGCUAGUGCAGAGAUAGAUGAGGUAAUAACUGAUAUGGAGAAGUAUAAACAAGAUUAUCAAGAGCUAUUAGAUGAAGCACAUAAUUAUCUGAUGCAAUCUAGAGAUCUUCAUGAUAGUUUGUUGGACUCCAAUAGGAAGAUCACGGAGCACAGUGCUAAUGUACGAGUUAGAAAGAUACAAAAUAUAUCUGAGGCUGCAGCUAUGGCACGGUCCAUCCUUCACAAGAGAGUGCGGCAGCUGCGUACAUCUCCAAGACAAGUUUUGCAGCCCAAUAAAGCCGAUAAGGUCCCUCAGUCAUCAGUUGCCAAUUACCAACAUAAAUCAACAGAUAACAGAAUCUACUACUGCGGUUGCAGAUGGGAAUGCAGAACAUUGGAACAUUGGCAGAGCGCACUGGCAAGAAUUCGCAAUUGGAGUCACUGA